GGUCGUUUGUUGACCUAUGCAAUUCCAUACGCUCUCGUUUUCCGGAUUUGAUUCAAGGCAAUUUCAUGUUGAGGUACAUUAUUCCUCCGGAUUCUACUUCAUGUUUUCUAGAGAGUGAAGUUGAUAUGAGAAUGAUUUUUAGGAAUUUGGUUCGUUACAAUUCUGAUUUUGUUGAAGUGUUUGUGACUGAUUUGCCUUCUAUUAGUGAAAGUGUGGUGAGUAAUACAGUGUGUGAGGAUUCUAGUACCAUGCUUGAGGAGAAUGAUUAUUUGGGGUGUUAUAGGGCAGAGGCACCGAAGAGUUAUAUGACGAAAGGUUGGGAGAGUUAUAUUCAUUCUGAAGGCCAAAAGUUUGAGGGUGGGGUUGUUGAGUUUAGGGAUAAGCUGCGUAAGUAUGCUAUAGAAAUUGGCUUUUCAUAUGAGUUUGUUAGAAAUGACAAGGUUCGUGUUAUUGCUCAGUGUUCUAAGAAACAUUCUCAAGGCUGCAAUUGGCUGGUGAAGGCUUAUUUAUGUAGGGCUAAUGGUUUCUUUAUGAUUAAAAGGUUGGUUAAUGUUCACACUUGUCAUGGUGUGAUUCGUUUGCAGAAGAGUAAGAUGAUGGGAUCCAAGGUUGUCAAGUCUAUUGUGCUUGAUAAGAUUCGUGCCAAUCCAAACAAAAAGCCAAUUGAUAUAGCUGAUGAGAUCAAGAGUGAUUAUGGUUUGGAUGUUGCUUAUCGUACAGUUUGGUAUGGUACGGAGUUGGCAAAAACAGCCCUACAUGGUGAUGAAGCUGAGUCUUAUGCUCAGCUACUUUGGUUCAGUGAGUCUGUUAUGAAGUCAAACCCCGACUCUAGGAUAGUGGUUGAGUUUCAUCGAGAAACACACAGGUUUCAGCGUAUGUUUGUGAGCUAUGGUGCAUGGAUGAAGGGUUUUCAAUCUUGUAGACCUAUUCUUUUCAUUGAUGCUACAUUCAUUACCAACAAGUACAAGGGGCAGAUUAUUGCUGCAUCGGCAAAGGAUGCCAAUCAAGGCUUGUAUCCAGUUGCUUAUGCUAUUGUGGAUUCUGAAAAUGAGAGUAAUUGGAGAUUUUUUCUUGAGGUUUUGGCUGAAGAGUUUGCAAAACACCCUAUGAGGAGGGUGACAUUCAUUUCUGAUCGUCAUGUUGGGCUUGUUAGUGCUUUCCCUAGAGUGUUUCCUAAUAAUCCACAUGGGUUUUGUUUUAGACACCUGAUGUCUAACCUUUCUGACAAAUUUCCAGCUGAAUCUUACCUCAAGGAUCAGAUUCCUUACUUGUUUAUGUGUUGUGCUUAUUCUCGCACACCGGAGAUGUAUGAGUUCAACAUGGAAAUCUUGAGGAGUGAAGGCGGUGACAUAGUUGCUCAAUUUCUGGAGGAUCUUCCCAAGGAGAACUGGUGUAUGGCUUACUUUAAUGGCGAAAGAUUUGGUGAAAUGACAAAUAACUUGGCUGAGUCUUUCAAUAAUUGGGUGUUGCCUUUGAAGAGACUUCCUAUUCUUGAUAUUAAUGAUGGCAUUAGAGUGAAGUCCAUGGCUUCAAUUGCUGCUCGGAAGCAGGAUGCUCAUGAAUGGUUGUUUGAGUUGUGCCCAGUGAUUGAAAAGAAGCUGAAGGACAAUUUGGAAGUCAGAAGGCAUUGGAGAGUGAGCAGGUCUGAUACCUAUGUGUAUGAAGUUCACUGCCAGAAGUACAAUAGCAUGUUGGAUCACUGCAUAUAG